CUCCUCCGCCGGGCUGCGGGAGUUGUUGACUGGUGGAUUGCGGCCGGUAGAACAGGUUCUCUGCAAGGGAGUUGUCUCCGAAACCCGGGAGACGUGGAUGGCCCGAGCCGCGGCUCCCGGCUCGGAGCCUGGCAGCGAGGAGGGCUCUGGUUUUGCGUGGCACUGCUGGGCAGGGCGGCUCUCGUCCCGCGCCGCUGGCACACAAAUCACAGCCCUGCCUGUGUCAGGUAGAUAAGGAACCAUGUGAUGCAGCUGGUGGGAGCGGGAGGCAGGCAGGGUGAAGGCGCACAGGGAAAUAACCUUGCAGGGAGUUCCUCCCUCCCUUCUCGGGGAGCAUAGUAGUCUCCGGGCAGCGCUGAUCCCGAGGCUCCCUUGGCCUGUAUGCCUGCUUGGGUUCUGGGGGCUCUCUGAACUCGGGUAGCGGCAAUGUCCUUCAGCAGAAGGAACUGGUCCGAUCUCUCCAGCCUGGCCAGGCAGAGGACCCUGGAGGAUGAGGAAGAGCAGCAAAGAGAGCGCCGGCGAAGGCACCGGAGCCUGCUGUCAUCCACCUCCACGGAUGAGAAACCUGCCAGCCCUGCCAAGGACAUCAGCCCAGCUUCCAGCAGACCUUCAUCCCUGGUGAAGCCGCAGUCUCCGGAGAAUGGGGAAGAGCGAAAGCUCUCAGAGGUGCUGAAGACACAAGAAGGGAGAAGAACAAGGGGCCUCCCACCUGUGUCCGAAAAGCUGAGGCAGGAGAAGGAGCAGAAGGAGCCAGGAGCGGGAGAGAGCUGCCAGGAGACAGAGGCACAGCCCCGCGGGAGGCAGGAGAGCAGCCGGGCUGCAGAGCAUGCUCAGGAGGCGGCCAGGGGCAGAGGGGACCCGCCCAGAGACAAGAACCUGGAACCAGGCUCUGAGAGGAAGGUGGUGGUGAGGACAUGGCUCCAGGACAAAGACCAAGGAGCGCAGACUCCUCGGGGGGAGCAGAGGAAGGAAGCAAAGGAGCCACCAGAGGUGGGGAGCUGCCGGCUCCGGGAGGUGAAGAUCCUCACCAGGGUGGGAAACCGCAGCACAGAAGAGAAAAUCUCAGCAGUGACCUCAUCUCCAGAGCAGCAGCAGCCAUCCAGGAACCCCUCAAAGCAGGUAAUCCAGCUGUCCCCUCCCCGAGAUGAACCUGCAGAAAAGCCAGACCCUUCUCCAACUCAUGUCACCUCCAUCCGACGGGCCAGUCCAAGAACUGUCUCCUUCCGGAUCAUCUCCAAGAAGCAGAAAGAAGAGAGCCAAAGCCCUCUCACAAGGAGUGCGAGUCUGAGGAUCCCAGGCAGCAACAGCACCAUUGGGGAGAAGCUGGAAAAGUACAACUCAGCUGUGCAGCGCUCGGAGGGGGUGAAAUCCUCCGUGCCUGCCCAGAAGAGUCGCCUGCUCUCCUCGGAGGGGGUGGCGAGCAAGCGCAACUUCUUCGAGAGAAGCGCUCCCAGCAAGGCGGAACCGGCGGCUCUCAGGAAGGACAGCCUGAAGAUCUCAGGCUCGGUGACAUCCCGCAUUAAUCUGUGGAUCAGCCGAGCUCAGGAGCCUGCCAAGGAGGAAAACGGAAAGGAAAUCCGGAGAAUCAACAGCCUGGCAAAGCGAGAUGUCUGGAUAAAGCAGCCUGGAGACACCUCUGGAGACACCAAGUUGCAGUAAUACCAGCUGUGCUAUCAGACCAUCUGGGAAAAACUGGUUUGCUCCAAAGAUCAAAGCCCAGCCCUACCCAACCAUCCAGCAGCCACUGCCACGAGUCCCCUGUGCCAUGUGUGGGUGCAGCCCACGUCAUGGGGUCCUCUGCUUGUGGGAUGGGAAGGAAGAAGCCUGGAAGAGUCUCCCUGUGCCCUCAGUCCCCAAUCACUGCCUCUCUGUGGAAGUCCAGGCCUGCAGGCUCCCCACAGAUGCUGAAGGCCAACUCCUGCCUUGUUUGCCCAGCACAUUUGCUGUUCUGCUCCUGAUCUCUGCCUGUGCCCCAGAACUGCCCUGGCAAAGGGGAUCCCCCACACAGCUCCCUGGCAGCUGGAGGAUGUCAGUGAGGCAAGAACCUGCCUGGCUGAGGGAGUUCCAGCUGCAUAUCCAUGGACCACGUCUGCUGCCUGGGGCAGGUGGGGCAGUCAGCUGUCACCCCUGCCAGGCUGUCACUGCCAGAGGGGCCCAACCAGAGGCUCAUGAAGCUACAUGAGUGCUUGGAGAUGUCUCAUGGAAGAAGGGGGGACUUGGCCCUGGUGUUUCCUUCCACACGCAGCUGAACCAGAGAUUUGUCCUUGUCCCUGCAAUCCCCUGCCCAUGCAGGCAGUGACCCUUCAUCCAGUGAUCCAGGGGAGGGUGAGCUGGCCCUGGCCAUGGCCACAGCCCUGUUUGGGGGAUUUCAUGGAGCUGAGUGCCCUGUGCUGGGCCCCAUUUCCCUCUUGCCUUUCCUCCUGAGCCCUUUGCUGUGCAGCCCCUGAUCCUGCAUUCCUGUGGCUGCUGAGCCCACCCAGCAGGGAUGGGGGAUGCUCUCUUGCAGCCUUUAGGGUGGCUUUAGGGUGCCGUGGGCAAAGGGCUCAAAUUCUCUUAUUGGGGCCAUUCUUUGGGUUUGGGUUGUGCCUUGAAGAACCACUGUGGUGACAAAUUCAGCGUGGGAAUCUGCUGCUGCCCCUGGAGCUGAUCCUGCUUGUUGGGCUUGGGAAAGGACUAUGUGCCUUUUUUUGUUUUUUAAUAAAAGUUGCUCUUUCUAAAACA